AUGCAGGCUACUGCAUCCAAUAUCAUAGUAGGAUCUCAAGUCUGGGUGGAGGAUAAUGAGGUAGCUUGGAUAGAUGGUGAUGUUCUUGAAAUGAAUGACAAAGAAAUAAAAGUAAAAUGCUCAAAUGGACAAGAAGUUGUUACAAAUGUGUCCCGUGUGUAUCCAAAAGAUCCAGAAGCAUCCGAAUGUGGAGUGGAUGAUAUGACAAAAUUGGCUUAUCUUCAUGAACCUGGUGUUCUACAAAAUUUAAAAAGUCGUUUUGAUAUGAAUGAAAUUUAUACUUACACAGGAAAUAUAUUGAUUGCUGUGAAUCCUUUCCAAAGAUUACCUCAUUAUUAUGAAAAAGAAGUGAUGAAGAAAUACAAAGGAGUAAAUCUUGGUGACCUGAAUCCACAUCCUUAUGCUAUUGCAGAUGCAGCAUACAGGCAGAUGGUUAAUGAGGGAAUAAGCCAAUCAAUUCUUGUAAGUGGAGAAAGUGGAGCUGGAAAAACAGAAGCAUCAAAAAAUCUUAUGCAGUAUCUUGCUUAUAUGGGAGGUCGCCCUGGAGCUGAUGGAAGGAGUGUAGAACAACAAGUCCUAGAAUCUAAUCCGGUUUUAGAAGCAUUUGGGAAUGCAAAGACUGUUAGGAACAACAAUUCAAGUCGUUUUGGUAAGUUUGUUGAGAUCCAAUUCAAUGGACAAGGGAAGAUAUCUGGAGCUGCUAUAAGAACUUAUUUGCUUGAAAGAUCACGUGUUUGUCAAGUUUCAGACCCUGAGAGAAGCUACCAUUGCUUUUACAUGCUCUGUGCUGCACCUCCUGAGGUGUGUGAGAAGUAUAAAUUGGGGAACCCUAGGACAUUUCGUUACCUUAAUCAAUCGAAAUGCUAUGAACUGGAUGGAUUAGAUGAAGCAAAAGAGUACCUUUCAACCAUUAAAGCCAUGGAUGUUGUUGGAAUAAGUUCUGAGGAACAGGAAGCUAUAUUCCGUGUAGUGGCUGCAAUUCUUCACUUAGGGAAUAUUGAGUUCACUAGAGGGAGUGAACCAGAUUCUUCUCAACCUAAGGAUGAUAAAUCUAGAUCUCAUUUGAAAACUGCAGCAGAGCUUUUCAUGUGUGAUGAGACAGCUCUCCAAGAGUCUUUCUGCAAGCGUGUGAUUGUAACUCGUGGUGAGAGCAUCACAAAAUCCCUUGAUCCAAAUUCUGCAGCUCUUAAUCGAGAUGCUUUGGCCAAAAUAGUUUACUCAAGAUUAUUUGAUUGGAUUGUGAGCAAGAUUAAUAAUUCUAUUGGUCAAGAUCCAAACUCCAAAUUCUUAAUUGGAGUUCUCGAUAUUUAUGGAUUUGAAAGCUUCAAGUCGAACAGUUUUGAGCAAUUUUGCAUCAAUCUGACUAAUGAGAAACUCCAACAACAUUUUAAUCAGCAUGUUUUCAAGAUGGAGCAAGAAUUGUAUACCAAAGAGGAAAUCAAUUGGAGUUACAUAGAGUUUGUGGACAAUCAAGACAUUCUAGAUCUCAUUGAAAAGAAACCUGGGGGAAUCCUAGCUCUAUUAGAUGAAGCUUGCAUGUUUCCAAGAUCCACUCAUAUCACAUUUGCUGAAAAGCUUUACCAAACAUUCAAAGGUCAUAAACGUUUUAGCAAACCAAAGCUAGCAAAAACAGACUUUACCAUUUGUCAUUAUGCUGGUGAUGUCACAUAUCAAACCGACUUCUUCUUGGAUAAAAACAAGGACUAUGUUGUUGCAGAACAUCAGGCACUUUUGAGUGCUUCUAAGUGUUCCUUUGUAUCAGGCUUAUUCCCACCUCUUCCUGAAGAUUCUUCUAAAGCUUCUAAGUUCAUAUCAAUUGGUUCCCGAUUCAAGCAACAAUUACAAGCUUUACUUGAGACACUGAGUCACACAGAGCCACAUUAUGUUCGGUGUGUGAAACCGAAUAAUGUUCUAAAGCCUAAUAUAUUUGAGAAUCAGAACAUAUUGCAACAACUUCGAUGUGGAGGAGUGAUGGAGGCAAUCAGAAUCAGUUGUGCUGGAUUUCCCACUCGUAAACCGUUCCAUGAAUUUAUCGAACGCUUUGAAAUCCUUUCACCUGAUGUUGUACAUAUGAGUGAUGAGGUGGAGGCUUCAAAGAUUCUGUUAGAGAAGGCUAACCUUGAAGGCUAUCAGAUUGGUAAAACAAAAGUGUUUCUGAGAGCUGGACAGAUGGCAGAAAUAGAUGCUCGAAGAAGCGAGGUUUUAGGAAGAUCAGCUUCUAAGAUCCAAAAUAAAUUUCUUUCAUAUUCUGCUUGCAAGAAGUUUACCAUGUUACGAUCUGCAGCAAUACCAUUACAAGCUUUUUGUAGAGGGGAAGUUGCACGCUCUUGGUAUCAGCGUAGGAGGAGAGAAGUGGCAUGUUUGAGGAUCCAGAAAAUUGGACGCAUGCAUUAUGAUAGAAAAGCUUACAAAUUCUUACACUCUUCAGCUAUUCAAAUUCAAAAUGGAAUGCGUGGGAUGGCUGCACGCAAAGCAUAUAAUCAUAAAAGGCAAACAAAAGCUGCAAUUGGCAUCCAGACUCGAUCACGUCAUCAUCUGGCAUGUCGUCGUUAUUUGAAGAUGAAGAAAGUGGCAAUUUAUGCUCAGUCUGUGUUAAGAAGAGACUUGGCACGCAUUGAACUUAGGAACCUUAAAAAGGCUGCAAAAGAUACUCGUGCUCUUGAACAGUCUAAAGCUAAAUUGGAAAGAGAACACAAAGAACUCACAAUACGAUUAGAACAGGAGGAACGCAUGAGGGCUGAGGCAGAAGAAGCUAAAAAUAAGGAAAAGGCUAUACUGGAGUCUAGUUUAAAGGAGAUGAAAAGUCAAUUGGCAGAGGUGGAGGAAGCUAAAAAGAAGGAAAGUGAACAAAUGCAAUCGGCUUUGAAGGCUGUUGAAGUUCAAUUGGCUGAGGUGGAGGAAGUUAAAAAAAAGGAAAGUGAACAAAUGCAAUCUGCUUUGAAGGCUGUUGAAGUUCAAUUGGCUGAGGUGGAGGAAGCUAAAAGUACCGAAAUUGCAAAUCUGCAAACUACUUUAAAGGAUGCAGAAACUCAAUUGGCUGAUUUGGAGGAAGCUAAAACUAAGGAAACUACUCAACUACAGUCAGCUUUAAAGGAUGUGGAGGAAAAAUUUGUUGAAAUGGAGGAAGCUAAAAAUAAGGAUAUUGCAAAUCUACAUUCUACUUUGAAGGAGACUGAAGUUCAAUUGGAAGCUAAAAACAAAGAAUCUGCAAAACUUCAAUCUGAUUUACAAGAGAUGGAAGUUCAAGUCCAAGAAACUAAAGAACUAUUAGAGUCUAAAAAGAUAGAACUCGAGCAACUUCUUGCUACUCACAAUGAGAAAGUAGAAAGCCUUACUGCUGAUAAUGUGAAAUUCCAGGAAAAGGUUAGUACACUAGAACAGGAAAUUAAUGAAACACAAACGAAAUUGGAAGAAACCACAAAAUUGAGUGAAGAUAGGUUGAAGGAAGCCAUGGAAGCAGAAAAUCGGAUAAUUGAUAUAAAGAUUGACAUGCAAAGUCUUCAAGAAAAAAUUGCUGACAUGGAAGCCGAGGAAGAGAUUCUGAGACAUAAGCAACAAAGGAAUGGAGGACCUUCAAAGGAAUUUGAUAGCAACUUGACAAAUUCCACAAUAGGAAAGGAGCGUGAUUUGGUUGAUGCUCUUAUGAAAGCUGCUACACAAGAACUUGGAUUUUCUCAAGGGAAACCAGUUGCUACAUAUGUUAUAUACAAAAGUCUUUUACACUGGAAAACUUUUGAAUUAGAAAUAACAACCGUAUUUGAUCGUAUUAUCCAGACCAUUGGUUCUUCAAUAGAGAAAAAAGAAGACAUUAAACACAUGGCUUAUUGGCUCUCUUUUACUUCAACAUUGUUUUUUCUGAUUCAAAAAACUUUAAGUCCAGCUCCUCAUAAACCCCAGCAGCCAACAUCAUUAUUUGGAAGGAUGACACAAGGAUUUCGAUCAGCUUCCAUUAUUAGUAUAGUGCAUCAUGUGGAGGCCAAAUACCCAGCUUUGCUUUUUAAGAAGCAACUUGCAGUUUAUGUUGAAAAAUUAUAUGGAUUUAUUCGCAACAGCUUGAAGAAAGAUUUGUCACAUUUUCUUUCCUCUUGUAUCCAGGCACCAAUUACAUCAGAUGGUAAAUCUUAUCCAACUAGUUAUUGGGAGAGCAUAAUUGAAAGCCUAAAUGGUGUUCUUGAUACACUAAAAGAAUUCCAUGUGCCACCUGUCAUUAUUCAGAAGGUUUUUGCUCAAGUUUACUCUUUCAUUGAUGUGCAACUCUUCAACAGCCUUCUUAUGCAUAAAGAGUGUUGUACACUUGGGAAUGGGGAGUAUGUGAAAUCAGGGUUAGCUAAAUUAGAAGCUUGGUGUACUAAGGCAACUGCAGAGUAUGCAGACUCAGCAUCGGAUGAACUUCAGCGUGUAAGACAGGCAGUUGGAUUUCUGGUUAUAGAAAAGAAGUCUAAAAUCACAUAUGAUCAACUCACAACUAAUAUAUGUCCUGUUCUAAGUAUUCAACAAAUCCACAAAAUCUGCACAUUCUAUGCAAAUGACAAUGAAGGAAGCAAUAGCGUCCCCCCAGAAGUUAUUUCCAAGUUCAAAGUUCUAAUGCAUGAGGACACCGAAAGCCCUGAUAGUGACUCCUAUUUGUUGGAUGACAAUUCUAGCACUUCUUUUCCAAUUGAGGAAAUUAGUAAGUCAAUAAACGAGAAAGGUUUUUCAGACAUGAAACCUCCAAAUGAACUCCUUGAAAACCCUGAGUUUCAGUUUUUAAAGGAGUAGGGCUCUGUGGCUGUUUUUAUUUAUUAAUUUUUUUGGUUGGAAGGACACACACACACACACACACACGCAUGCAUAUUCAUGGGAAAAGAUUUCCCUUCCCAAUCCAAAGUCCAAACCAAACCUUAAUUGGUGCACCCCAACUCUCGCCAAACCUCAUUGCGCACCUCCAAGUUUCACAUUGUACAUAACAAACCCUUAUCUUUCAAUUCUUAACGGAAUACUCCCUCCCUCCAUCACAUGGCUUUUUCUCAGAAGCUCUUUACCCACAAACUUGGUGUAGCUUUUGUACCUACUUUACUUGAGGAAGGUCUUUUUGGUAAUUUGCGACUCUUGAAAGAUGAUCAACACUGAUGGCUGGAUGAAACAUCGCCAGCUGGCUAUUGGAUCUUCGACUCAAACUUGCAAAAAGUUUCAGAGGAUUUUAUUUUUCAUCAAUCCGUCUGUUAUGGUGGAGAUUUUGAGAGCUCUUCAUGGAAAGUAUAAGACCAAUCAAUCUUUCAGCCGGCAGCCGUUGGAGACUUGAUGUCAAGCUCUCUUAUCAAUGACAUUAAGUUCAGUGAAGAUAAUUUCCUUACAGCCAUUGGAGACUUGAUGAAAAACUUCUGCUUGGGUAAUGUUGUAAUAUGGGCAUUAAAACUUAUACCCAUGCCUCACCUUGGGUAUGUAUGCACAUGGAUACUUUUGAAAAAAAAAUGUACUGUAAAAAGGAUGUGUCUACAUUUUUGUUAUAGUAUUAGACUAUUAGUCAUUUUGGGAUGGAAACUCUCAUAUUUGUUUUGUAACAUAUGCUAAGGUCAGGUGCUUAAUUAACAAAAUCAAGUUAUUAUAUAGAAAUACAAAAUAUACUUUCACGCUAAUAUGAAAAUAUAAUGCAAUGCUUGGAUUUCAUAUCAUCAUUUAUUUUUACCAUCAUGAGGGAACAAAUUAACUGAUAAGUUAGGGGUGUUCAUUUGAUGGACCGGUUCCCAUCCUAUCCGAUCCGUUCAAGUGAAUCCAAAUUGAUUUUGGUUUUAAAGCAUGGACCGGUCAACUCGGUUUUCAACACUUGAGACAUUUAAAAAACUAUAUAGCUUGAA